AUGUCCAAACCGUUGGCAUUGGUAGCAUUGAAUUUGGGCGCCGAAGUCUACCUCAACAAGGUGGCUCAUAAAACCAAAAUACACACGAUUUGGCAUAGAACGGUCAUGUAUAAACCGAAGCAUCAGGCUGUACCCGAGGUGGCUCUCCAGAACACAUCGGGGUCUCAUUUUUGUGGGGGAUCUAUCAUCGAACCGGAUAUCGUUGUGACCGCUGCGCAUUGUCUACGAGGGGAAGGUCCAGCGGAUAUAUUAGUCCAGGCUGGAAUUUUGGACCUCAAUAACCCGCCCGACUACAGCCAAGUGCGCCAUGUGCGAAAAUUUGCCGUUCACGAGUCGCUUGAAGGACAGUCCAGCGAUAUAGCACUGCUCAAGUUGGUUGAGCCUUUUGACUUUGGCGAGAGCCAGGGACACAUCGGCGCUGUCUGUCUUCCCGCCAAGGAUCGCCCGUUAGAGGGCAAAGUUGCAGUCACCGGCUGGGGACUAACAUCAGAGGGUGGACCUAAGUCUCCGCAUUUACUCGCUGUAUCAGUUCCUGUAUUAUCAUCUGAGAUCUGUGCGAGUGAGACUGAGUUCACUUACGAUUCCAAGACCAUGUUCUGCGCCGGGAGCCCUGGAAAAGACUCGUGCAGAGAGGACUCCGGCGGUCCAGCCGUGCAGAAGGAAAGCGAAUCAUUCAUCCUACUUGGCGUGGUCUCGUUCGGCUAUGGCUGUGCCCGGCCUCCGGCGUAUGGCUUCUACGUCAGGGUGCCGGCCUUCACUGACUGGAUUGCGGAGAACAUCGCCAAGCUUCAGUCGUGA